AUGGAUACUGUACUGAAACCUGCUCGUCUUGAUUUGGAUCCUAAUUCACCAUCUGCAGCUAAAGAAUGGAAACAUUGGCAUAAGACCUUUACUAACUUUCUGGCAGAGUGUGGUUCAAGAGCUCCAGAUAAGUAUCGUACUCUUAUUAACUACGUAUCACAUAACGUGUAUGAAUAUAUUGAAGACUGUACUGAUUAUGAUUCAGCGCUCGAAGUAUUAAAUCAGUUAUUUAUUAGAAAGCCGAAUGAAAUAUUUGCUCGACAUUUACUCGCUACUAGACGGCAAAAGCCAGGCGAAACACUCGUAGAAUUUAUUCAGGAACUUCGGAGACUAAGUAAGGAUUGUAAUCUAAAAAGUGUUACUGCUGAACAGUAUCGGGAGGAACUAAUUCGAGACUCAUUUAUUAAUGGUCUACUUUCCCCAUUAAUUCGUCAACGUCUUCUAGAGAACAGUACAUUAGAUUUGAAAUCUGCUUUUGACCAAGCUAGUGCUUUAGAUUUAGCACAGAAGAACGCGGAAACGUAUACUAUGCCCACUAUUCCCACACCUACAGCGGCAGCUGUUUCAGUAACAGAACAGACCUCGAAAGCUGCUGCCUCCAAUGACGAUGCCCCUCUUGCCGGAACAUUUACAUCAAAGAAAUGUUAUUUCUGUGGUAAUUCUAUUCAUAAUAGAAGAAAUUGCCCUGCCCGAAAUUGUGUGUGUGAUAGCUGUGGCAAAAGGGGGCAUUAUGCAAAAGUUUGCAGGUCAAAGGCCCCUACGGUUGCUUCAAUAUUUUCGCCUUCACUUUGUGCAAUCGUGGCUUCCUGUCCAGAGUCUUUGAAGCAAGCAUCUGUAAUGGUUUCUAUUGGAAACAAACCGUUGACUGCACUUGUUGAUUCUGGAAGUUCUGACAGCUAUAUAAGUGAGAGCAUGGCCAAACACCUUGAUCUUCAUUUUCAUCCGUCAACACAAGAUGUAUCUAUGGCCCUGAGUUCCCUCAAGUCACAUGUUGUUGGUCACUGCUAUGUAGAUAUUGCUCUGAAUGAACAUAUGUAUCCAUCCUGUCGUCUGGGAAUACUUAAAGAUCUUUGUAGCGAUAUAAUCCUAGGUCAGGAUUUCCAAAAAGAGCACAAGAGCGUUAUUAUUGAAUAUGGUGGUUCUAAACCAGAGCUGAUGAUUCCAAAGUCUACCCCUGUUUGUGCUCUCUCUGCUGCAUCAGUUGAAGAGCCGUCUCUUUUUGCGAAUCUUCGUCCAGAUUGCAAACCGAUAGCAAGUAAAUCGAGACGCUUUAGUAAGGAAGACCACGAUUUUAUACAACAGGAGGUUAAUCAGCUUCUCUCGGAAGGGAUCAUUGAACCCAGCAAUUCACCGUGGAGAGCACAGGUUGUUGUUGUUAAAGAUCCGUUGAAUAGACAUAAGAAGCGGCUCUGCAUAGACUACUCGCAGACCGUUAACCAGUAUACCGAGCUUGACGCCUAUCCUCUACCACGGAUUGAUGAUAUGAUUAACAAUCUUGCUAGCUACAAAUUUUUCUCAACUUUUGAUCUUAAAAGUGCCUAUCAUCAAGUGCCAAUAAAGGAAGCUGAUCAGAAAUAUACUGCCUUCGAAGCCAAUGGAAGACUCUAUCAGUUCCAACGUGUGCCUUUUGGGGUUACAAAUGGGGUAGCAGUUUUUCAAAGGGCAAUGGAUAAGUUUGUCGAUGAGGAGGGACUCAAAGAUACCUUUCCAUAUUUGGAUAAUAUAACAGUAGCGGGGCGAGACCAAGAAGAGCAUGAUGAAAAUGUCCAGAAGUUUCACGAGGCUAUCCGUCGAAGGAAUCUUACCCUCAAUGAAACGAAAUCUGUUGAAUCGAAGUCGUCAAUCAAUUUACUUGGAUAUGGUAUUGAACAUGGUGUAAUUACUCCCGAUCCAGAAAGGCUACGCCCCCUCCAAGAGUUUCCACCACCAGAGAAUGCCCGAACCCUACAGAGAGUAGUUGGUAUGUUCGCCUAUUAUGCAAAAUGGAUACCCCAUUUUUCUGACAAGAUCAAACCUUUGAUGAAGGCUGUAACAUUCCCACUGGAUUCGGACGCUCUAGCUGCAUUCAAUACUCUCAAGAAAGAACUUGGGAACGCAGCUCUUCAACACGUAGAUGAGAGCCUGCCGUUUGUGGUCGAAUGCGAUGCCUCGGAAGUGGCGCUCUCUGCUACGUUAAAUCAGGCUGGCCGACCAGUUGCAUUCAUGACGAGGAUGCUCCAUGGCAGUGAAUUACACUAUCCUGCAGUAGAGAAGGAGGCAAUGGCUAUCGUAGAGGCGGUUCGCAAGUGGCAGCAUUUUCUUGCUCGUCGUCAUUUUACUCUGAAAACGGAUCAGCGUUCGGUAGCGUUCAUGUUCGACAGCAGAAAACGAACCAAGAUCAAGAACAAUAAGAUCCAGGCUUGGCGACUCGAGCUUGGUUCCUUCAGCUAUACAGUGGAAUAUCGGCCUGGAAAGGAUAAUGUUGCUCCUGAUUCAUUCACACGCGCAUUCUCUGCCUCGAUGUCAUCAAACAACCUCGAAGAAAUCCAUAUUGGGUUGUGUCAUCCAGGUGUAACUCGAAUGUUACACUUCGUAAAGUCCAAGAACCUUCCAUACUCCACUGAAGAAGUUAAGAAAGUGUGUUCAGCAUGCCGAAGUUGCGCCGAAUUGAAGCCUCAGUUUUAUCGUCCGCAGCAACCCGGAAACCUCAUCAAAGCCACACAGCCUAUGGAGCGACUUAGUAUCGACUUCAAGGGUCCACUACCUACUGCUACUCGUAAUGCAUAUAUACUCACUGUUGUGGAUGAGUACUCCCGUUUCCCAUUUGCCUUUCCAUGUCCAAAUAUGCAAUCCUCAACCGUCAUCAUGUGUCUGAAUCAGUUAUUCAGUCUUUGUGGCAUGCCAAACUAUAUUCACUCAGAUCUUGGUACCUCUUUCCUUUCUCGGGAACUAAAGGACUAUCUAACGAAACGAGGAAUAGCAACGAGUAGAACUACGCCGUACCAUCCAAUUGGCAAUGGUCAAGUUGAACGAUACAAUGGUAUCAUCUGGAAGGCGGUUCGUCUUGCUCUAAGGUCAGCUAAUCUACCAGAUUCAAGAUGGGAACUCGUACUCGCUGAUGCACUUCACUCGAUUAGAUCACUUCUCUGUACGUCAACUAAUGCAACUCCACAUGAAAGGUUUUUUAACUUUCAUCGUCGUUCAUCAUAUGGUGUGUCCCUGCCAUCAUGGAUGCAACCUGGUCCCGUAUUGCUACGUCGAUUUGUUCGAACAAGUAAGAACGAUCCACUUGUGGAUGAAGUGGAGUUAACGGAUGUUAACCCAACCUACGCACGUGUACGUUACGCUGAUGGGAGAGAAUCGUCUGUUUCUCUACGUGAUCUGGCUCCCUGCCCGCCUUCUUCCAUCCAGAAUGGAACCCCCCUUGAACCUCAACCUUCGCAAGAACCCUUACCUACAUCUGAUGGAUUUCCUCCAACGCCAAACUCUACGACUCUGCAAGUUCCUGAGAUUCAGUCAGAAGCGGAUAAUGCUGAACAUGAGUUGUUAACAAAAGAAACUGGUCUAAGGCGUUCUACUCGUGUAAGCAAACCACCAGCUCGUUACGGUUG